CUCACCAUGGACUCCACGAAGUCCGUAUCGCGACUUCGCCAGCUUGCAGACACCAUCAGCGCGUCUGUGAGAAAGUUGGAAGAAGGGCUAUCUGCAAAGGGAAUUGCGCAACCUAGUUUUGACCAGGACGCAACAUUCGACAUCCCGAUAGACUUAAGCACUGAUCAUGAUGCUGUUCUUGAUGCUACAGCAGAGCUUCACGACCUUCUAUUGGAACCUCUGAAUUUGGUUCACAGACAUGGUGGCCACAACAACUCGUUGUGUAUGCAGGCAAUUGCAGAGUUCAAGAUUGCGGACAUGGUUCCACUGGGUGGUCAAGUAUCUUUUGAUGAAAUUGCCACCCAAACCCCAAUGACAACUGAUGUCACGGCCCGCCUCCUCAGGCAUGCCAUGACUAUGCGCCUCUUCCGUGAGCCUGAGCCUGGAAUGGUGGCGCACACUGCCGCUUCUAGGGUACUGCACAAGUCAGCCGCCAACGACUGGCUCGAAGCCGGCACAAAAGAAAUGUGGCCAGCAGCCACCAAAAUGGUCGAGGCUUUGAAAAAAUGGCCGGCCUCAGAAGAGGCAAAUGAGACGGGCUACACGUUGGCAAACAACGGCUCGGAGACGCUAUAUGAUGUCUUUGCCAAAAAUCCCGAAAAAGCCACCAAGUGGGCCAAGGGGAUGCAAGUCUUCACGCAGAGGCCUCAAUUCGACAUGCGCUACUUGACUGACUCCUACGACUGGGCAUCUCUAGGCAAGGCUCAAGUCGUCGACAUUGGUGGCUCGUCUGGUCACGCUUCCAUCGCGAUAGCGAACCGUUUUCCCAAUCUAAGCUUCAUCGUCCAGGAUAUGGAAAUGGUGGUCAAAAAUGCGACAGCCCCCCCCGACAUACAAGAUAGGAUUCGUUUCAUGCCUUACAAUCUCUUCACCCCGCAACCGGUUUAUGGUGCUGAUGUCUACUUUAUGCGUUGGAUAAUGCACAACUGGUCUGAUAAGUAUGUGAGAUUAAUGCUGGGUGCGUUGUUUCCGGCGCUCAAACUUGGAGCAAGAGUCAUCAUCCAAGAGAGUUUGAUGCCGGAACCUGGAGCCGUGGCUUUGUGGAAGGAGAAGAACCUAAGAGCAACUGAUAUGAAUAUGGCGUCUGCUUUCAACGGAAAAGAGAGGACCGUCGUGGAAUUCAAAUCUUUGGUUGAGAAGUUUGAACCAGCGCUUGUGCUCGAUCAGGUCAUUGAGCCUGCUGGGUCGGCACUUGGGAUGCUCGUCUUUGUUUGGGGCAGGCAACAUAUUAAAGCAGGUAAAUGA